UUCCCUCCACUCCACUCCCCAGCCAUGGCAGAGUCGUCGUGCUACGUUUGCGUCCUCUUCCUCCUCGUCGUCGCCACGCCCCUUCCGAUCUCCAUUGCUUCACCUCUCAAGCUUCGGCUAUCUCCCUCCGAGGUCUCCGCACUCGAGGCGCGCGCGCCGCCUCCGCCGCCGGACGUGCCGACGACGUACUUUGAGGUGGACCGGCCGCACCGCCCGCCGCCGGGCAGCUUCGGCCCGUGCUCGACGCCGCUUCUCUCCCACUCCUUCGGCCUCACCUACAACUUUCCCCCGGUCACGGCCUCCUACUCCCCGCCGCCCUGCCUCGCCGCCGCUGGGGGCCGUGCAUCGGUGAUCUCCCUCGCCGUCCUCGAGUGGCGCGCCGCCUGCCGCGGCUUGCAGUACGACCGCAUCUUCGGCGUUUGGCUCGGCGGCGUCGAGCUCCUCCGCGGCUGCACGGCGGAGCCGCGGCCGAAGGGGAUCGUCUGGUCCGUCUCCAAGGACGUCACCAAGUACGCGUCCCUCCUGGCCGCCCGCAACUCCUCCACCCUCGCCGUCUACCUCGGCAACAUCGUGAACGACCGCAACUCGGGCGUCUACCACGCAAAUGUCACGCUCCACCUCUACUUCCGGCACCCGCCGCAGCCGCCGCAGCCGGGGCUGGGGCCGGCGGACCUCGUCGUCCCCAUCUCGCAGAGCCUGCCGUUGAACGGAGGGCAGUGGUUCCAGAUCAACAACAAGGACGACGUCGAGUCCGCGAGUCUCGCCGUGCCGGCGAACGCCUACCGCGCCGUCCUCGAGGUGUACCUCUCCUACCAUGGCUCCGACGAGUUCUGGUACACGUACACGAGCCCUCUCGACGGCAACGGCCCGUUCCGAGAGGUCACUGUUCGGAUCGACGGGGACAUCGUCGGCGCCGUCUGGCCGUUCCCGGUGAUCUACACCGGGGGACUCAGCUCCUUCCUCUGGAGGCCGAUCAGUGGCAUCGGCUCGUUCAGCCUCCCGUCCUACGACAUCGAGCUCACGCCGUUCUUGGGCUGGUUGAUGGACGGCGGGGAGCACGAGCUCGGGUUCGCGGUGACCGACGCCCAAGAUUAUUGGUACAUCGACGGCAACCUCCACCUCUGGCUGGACCCCAGGAGCACGGCGACGACGGCUGGCAUCAUCAGCUACGACGCGCCGCCGCUGGAGAAGGUCACCGCCGUCUCGGCCAGGGGACCCGGCGACGAGUUCUACCAGACGACGGCGUUCCGGCACAUCUCGGCCGCCGGGUGGGUGCAUACGUCGUCGUACGGCAAGAUCACCGCGACCUGGACGCAGAGGUUCAGCUUCGUGAACACGGACCGGCUCCGCGACGCCAUAGAGCGGUCGAUCAACCAGACCACCGACGCUUACUCCGGCGUCCACGUCACCGACCACGCCGGCGUGGCGUACUCGCAGGAGGCCGAGCAGAGCUUCCCGCUCUAUAUUCACCAAGGCCAGGUGAACCAGACGUCGAACGACUCGUUCACCCUGGAGACGAACGUGCAGCUGCGGUUCGAGGAGGAGAGGGUCGCCGCCGGCCGGCCGGGGUUCUGGUCCCGGUCGCUGAGCAACGCGCAGGACUGCGCCGUGGACGUCGACUUGCGGGAAGGGGACGCCGUCGGGACGUCGUGGGGCACGCAGCAGACGUACAGGUACGAGGCGACGGACGGGUGCUACUACCGGGACGUGGCAAGCGAAGGCUACGCCAUCGUCUCCGACCAAACCGACGAGGUCUGCGCGAAGGGAUCACCUGCCGACCGCGCCAUUGCCGGCGGCGCCGGCGCGGCUGCGGGAGCGGCACGGCUGACGAGCUCGUGAGAGGAGCUAAUUAACGUGGCAUUGGCAGUACUCGAGGUCUCGAGCUAAUGAAGCUCAUUUGCAUUUAUCUGUCUACACAAUACGAAGCAAUUGAUAUAUCUCGUUGUAAUAAGAGAGAUGGACGCCUUCAUAUCCUUCCAUGUACAUGUUCAGGUGUACUUGUGCCCAAUGCGAUC